AUGGUGCCAUCCUCAAAGUCAAAGUGUGCACGUUAUUUUGCUACCCUGAUGGAAGCUCACUGGAAGUAUUUCGGCCUUUCUUCAUUCUGUCAGCCCACGUCCAACCUAGUCAUUCAUAUCCUGCGAUUCCGUCGACGGAGAUUACUCCAUAACCGAUACUCGAAACGUUAUCUGAACGGGGAAUUGACAGAUAAUGAUGCAUGGGAGAUAUUGACCACUCUAGGACAGCUAGAGUUCCCGGCCAUGUUUCAAAUAGGGUUGGAAUAUGCUUUAUUCCGGACCUAUGCGAUUCCCACCAUUUCUCGAGUUCUUCUAAGGAAAUCCGAUUUUGCUUCACCGAAAACCUGGUAUAAGCGAUAUUCGGACACCGUGGCUUUGAUGGUCGAAGCGCUAGCAAAUCCACCAGCGUCCCGACGCGGUCACGAAGCGAUUGCUCGUGUGAAAUACCUACAUCAUGCAUAUAGGGAAUCGGGCAGUAUCAUGGAAGAUGACAUGCUUUACACACUCGGGCUGCUCACGAUCGAGCCCGCCAAAUGGAUCGAUCGAUAUGAGUGGGAUCAGACGAGUCAGAUGGAAAAGUGUGCAAUGGGUACGUACUGGAAAAGCUUCGGCGACGCGAUGGAAGUCAGCUACGAUUCUUUACCAUCAGGUAAGAAAGGGUUCAAGGAUGGCCUGCAAUUCUUUGAGGAGAUUGAGAAAUGGUGCCGUGACUACGAAAUACAAGCGAUGCCUCAUCACCCGCCUGGCAUUAGUGAUCUACAGGAUCAGCUGAUACGGAAUGUUGCUCUGAAUGGUGUACCCAAGAUAUUGCACAACCUGGCUAGAAACAUGAUACUUGUUUUGAUGGACGACCAGCUGCGACUAUCUCAGCCCGCUCCAUGGGUUUACGCUCUAACCCACACUGUAUUGGUUGUUCGGAAGUACAUCCUUCGAUACCUUGUCCUGCCACGCCCGCUGCUCUUUCGACAGUUAAGAGUAAACCCAGAUCCGGAAGAACGGUCUCCACACCGAGUACGCAUCUGGGAAGCCUAUCCUUAUUACGUGGCCCCGACACUUUGGAAUCGUUGGGGGCCAUAUGCCUGGAUUACUUGGGCCCAGGGACGGCCUCUUCCGGGCGAUGAUGGUGAUAGGUUCAUGCCGUGUGGAUUCAAUACGCGUGAUAUAGGGCCGUCAUAUAUGAAAGGGAGAGGCAGAAAUUAUGCCAGACAGGAAAAUGUGAAACUUAGAAGAGGGCGAAGGGGACAGUGUCCUUUUUGA